AUGACAGGCAUACGUCUCACGAAACAAUGUCCGAGGAUUAACCAUCUCCUGUUCGCGGAUGAUACGAUGUUCUUUAUCAAAGCAGACGAACAAAGCUCAGCGGCGCUUAAGGAUAUUCUACGGCAGUAUGAAGCGGCUUCUGGGCAGUUAAUAAAUGCGGCCAAGUCUUCUGUCUUCUUCUCUUCUAAAACACCACAGGUGACCAAAUUAUGUGUCAAUCAAAUCCUUGGUAUUGAUCGGGAAGGCGGAGUGGGAAAAUAUCUAGGCCUCCCGGAACUGUUCGGUAGGCGCAAAAGAGACCUAUUUGCAUCGAUUGUUGAUAGGAUCAAACAGAAAGCCAUGUCGUGGUCUUCUAGACGGCUCUCUUCUGCCGGGAAACUUACAAUGCUCAAGGCGGUCCUCUCAGCUACGCCAACGUACUCCAUGUCUUGCUUUGAACUACCCUUAGGACUUUGUAACCAGAUUCAGUCGGCUUUUACGCGAUUCUGGUGGGAUGAGAGUCCAAAUAAGAAGAAGAUGUGCUGGAUUGCUUGGGAUGAAUUGACUGAACCGAAAUCAUCAGGUGGACUUGGUAUCCGAGAUGUUCACGAUUUCAAUGUAGCCCUCCUUGCAAAAUUGGCGUGGCGAAUCUACACUCGGCCGGAGUGUCUCCUGGCACGCCUUCUCCUUGGGAAGUACUGUCAUAGUACUUCCUUUCACCUGGUGCAAUGCCCAUCCUCAACCUCCCAUGGCUGGAGGAGUGUCCUGAUCGGCCGAGACCUGAUAGUCUCUCAACUUGGGAAGGCUAUAGGAAAUGGUGCUUCAACAAAGAUAUGGAGAGAUACUUGGAUGUCGCCGAUAGUCCCGGUGAAGCCCUUUGGUCCAACCCGUGAGUGUGAUCAAGGCCUUGUGGUUGCAGAUCUUCUAUCUCUUGAUUCAUCCCACUGGAUCAAGAGUAAAGUGGAGGAGAUUUUUCCUGAUGUUGCCCAUCAGAUUAUGCGCAUUGUCCCAAGUUCAAUGGGAGCUGAAGACUCUUUCAUCUGGUAUGGAACAAAGUCUGGGUCCUAUUCAGCGGCCAAAACAUGUCCCCAUUGUGGGGUAGAGGAAACUGCGCUACACUUGUUUUUUCAAUGUCCUUUUGCGGUUCAAGUGUGGACGCUAGCUCCUCUCCGUGCUCCAUUCGACUCUGCAUCAUGCCACUCCUUAGAGGUGGCUAUCCAAGAGGCCUCGGAGGUGGUAUGUGUGCCACCUACUGGAAUUGUUGGGAACUUGUCAUCAUGGAUAUGUUGGUUCAUUUGGACCACACGCAACCAACUGGUGUUUGAAAAUCGUCACAUCUCGGCUCAAAACACACUCUCCCACGCUUUAGCUGCUGCAUGGGAAUGGCAGACAGCCCAACAGAACGGCACACAAGUAUCAUCUGGAAGCCACACCCAUUCGGUUGAAAUGAUAACGACCCCACCCGGGACUGUCUUAUGUAAUACUGAUGCGUCGUGGACUCUUGAAUCAGGAGCGGCUGGAUUAGGGUGGCUCUUCGACUAUACUCAGAGCAAUGAACGUGUCAGCUGUUCCAAGUUUCUCCCCGAAAUUUCCUCGCCGUUAAUGGCCAAAGCACUUGCCUUGCGUGAAGCCCUCCUCUCGUCAAAGCAUAGUCUUCUCUCCAAAGUCUGGUUCCGAUCCGACUCUCAAGGGCUUAUUACAGCUAUCAACUCAAAGACCUAUCUGGUGGAGCUCUAUGGAGUUUUAUCAGAUAUCGAGUUCCUAUCAUCAUCUUUUUCCUUUAUUGUAUUUUCGUUUAUUCCUAGAGCUCAGAACAUGCUGGCUGAUUCUUUGGCAAAGAGUGCCUUGCGCACUACUCGUUUCUAUUAA